AUGACGAUGACAAUAGACGUUAACCAACACCGCUUCGGACCCUUAAGCUUCGACCACAUGUCUUCGUACCCGAGCCACCCGCACUUCACCAACCCGUGGGCCUCGUCCUCGUCCGCGGCCGGGCCGGGCUCCCAGAACGGCGGCCAGAGCCUCUUCGUCGGCAGCCAGGACGGCGGAAGCCUCCCCCAUCUCAACCUCAACUCUCUCCAGAAGCAAGCCCAGCACAGCAGCAGAUCCGGCAGCGCCUCUUCCAUGUCGUCGUAUGCCUCUCUCCCUUCGACAACUGCGUCGGCGGCCAGUCCACCCAUGGGCGAUGUCUACAGGCAACAGGACUUGCUUCCCAUGUCCCAAGACCUCAUAAACCUGAACCGAAUGCAGCACCCCUCCACGACAGCUGCCUAUGACACGUCGGCAUACACAACCGCAGCCUCGCCCGUGAACGCCCCCUACGCACCGUCUUCGGCGGCUUACGGUCAGCUCGGGUACCCGCCGGCGCCGAUGAGGACGUUCGCUGUCGCCACUGAAGACAGCUCGCGAAGAUAUUCUCAGCCGUCAGUAGCCUCUAGCUUUAUGGAUCUCCAUGCGUCUACCGUCGGUGUGGCACGGCUGCCACGGAUAUCAUUGUCUGACUAUGAUCGCAGAGGCCUGCCACAGGACGAUCAAAGGAGGUUCCGAGAUGCUAUUGAAGCAAGCCACGGGAUGCUCUCCACGAGCCAGGAUACGCCGAGGAACAUCUACGAGGUGCGGAAUCGUGGCCGUGGAUCGGGGGAUUCUUACGGUUUCCCGUCGGCACACUCCACAAACUCUAGCGUGUCAUCGGCCGGCUUCAGCGGGUACUAUGGAGGGUCGGUGGAUGGGUCCGUGAGCGACUACUCGACGACAGGGUCAGACAUGGAGUCACUGCCCGGGCGGACGCUGCCUAGACCUCAAGGGUUGAUGUCGGGCCAGCCACCGGCACCACAGUCGAUGAUGGGCUCUUUCAGCUCCAAGGUGUCGUCCAGCACGCAGAAGAAGCACAAGUGCAAGGUUUGCGACAAGCGGUUUACCCGACCAAGCUCGCUUCAGACACACAUGUACAGCCACACGGGCGAAAAGCCACACACGUGUGAGGUUGAAGGAUGCGGCAGGCAAUUUUCGGUCGUGUCUAACCUCCGCCGCCACAAGAAGGUCCACAAGAACCCAGGCGAGACACCUUCGGAUACGGGUUCAGAAGACCACCAGACGGGCUCAGAGGAUCAUCAGUCGGAGUAA